UAAACAGUGUUCGUUGGAGCCAUACGCGUUGUCUCGUCGUUACUUGAGUAUAAUCUGUCAUUUAUUAAAAACUAUUUUACCUGUUAAUUCAUAACAUAUCAGUAACGGGAAAGCUGCAAGACCUGAACGUCGUGGUCACGGGAGGAGCUGAAGGCCUCGGCUAUAAUAUCGCAGACAAAUACUUACAAAAUGGUGCGAAAAAUAUGAUACUUCUAGACAUUAACCAAGCAAAAGGAGAAGAAGCCGCAAAUACACUCAAUGCUAAAUACGGUAAAAAAGCUGUGUUCAUCAAAUGUGACGUGACGAAAGAUCUGGAUGUUGUGUUUAAACAAAUUAUUGAUACGUACAAGAAUAUAGACGUGCUGGUGAACAACGCAGGUGUUUCUGACGAAAACUCAGCCACUAGGACUAUUUCUAUCAACGUGGCAGCCGUUAUGGAGUGGGGAGUGAAAUUUUGGGAGCACAUGCACAAAGACAAAGGAGGUAAUGGAGGCACGAUCAUAAAUAUGGGGUCGCUUGCAGGAUUCCUGGUUAGCCCCUUCUUGAUCUAUUAUGGUACUUCUAAAUUUGCUGUCCUAGCAUUCACUAAAAGUUUGGGGCACGAGUAUAAUUAUAAGAGGUCAGGUGUUCGAGUGGUCGCUAUGUGCCCAGGGUUUACUCACACGACACUCACCACACAGCAAUUAGUUUGGGACGAGCAUCUCGAUGAUUAUAAUAAGCUGAGAAGUGUUUUCCCCUGGCAACAAUCAGAAGAUGUUGCGAAAGCAGCUGUAGAGGUCUUUGAGAAGGCUCCUAGUGGUACAGCCUGGGUUAUCAAUGGAGGACAACCCAUAUGCGAAGCGCCGGACUGUGCGAAAAUAACUGUGGAAAAUAUUGAAAAGCCAGAGACAAUUGUUUUAUAAAAUAAAUUUGUAGUACUUUUGUA